AUGGCAAGUCAGGCAGAAAUCGACACGAUCAUGGCGCUGGUCGCCCAGGGCAUUCCUUUGGACCAAAUCCCCGCUGGAAGGCCACCUCCAGGACAGGUCUCUCAUCUUCAAAAUCCGGUCGGUAGAGGCCACAUGAUUACGACCUGCGACAUCAUCUGCUUGGUCAUCGUUUGCACCAUUGUCGCCAUGCGAAUGUACACGCGUAUCCACCUUGUUAAGAGCCUUUGGUGGGAUGAUUGGUGCACAUGUUUCGCCCUCGCUUGCUGGGUCGGGGAAACGGGCUUGUUCCAAUUGGCAACAUCAUGGGGAGCUGGCAUACACAUCUACGACCUUAGCGUGGCCGAUCUUUAUCCUUGGUUGUUGCGUGGCUGGGUCGUGGCUGCAGUCAUGUACAGCGUGACAAUGCUCUUCUCCAAGCUCUCUAUCCUGCUACUCUACCGCCGCUUGUUCCCAAUCACAAACUUUGCAAAGAGUUGGUGGUUGGUAACCGGUUUCACCAUCGCGUACUCGGUCGGAGGUGCCGCGGCUUCGUUGUUUCAAUGUCGACCCAUAGCUUCCGCAUGGACUUUGACCAUACAGGCCGACUACUGCAUCAACACCGAGAAGUUUUACACGGCCAACGCAGCCUUGAACGUCGCUUCCGAUAUCAUGAUUCUCCUCUUGCCCGUUCCUAUUGUUUGGGGCCUCAACACGGACUUGCGCAAGAAGGUCAUUCUUACCGGUCUCUUCUCAAUGGGAUCUAUCUCUUGCCUUGUCAGCAUUCUUCGUAUGCGCUCGAUUAUCGUUCUAUACAAAAACGGCUUCUCAGACUUGACCUGGGGUCUCACCGAAGUCGUCCUAUGGUCGCAGGCAGAACUGACUGCAGCUAUGAUCUGUACCUGCACACCUUGCCUGCGUCCACUGUUCGAGAAGGUCACACCUAUGCUGUUCUCCUCUGUCGCUUCCAGAAAAGACAACAGCAGCACUGGAUUCGGCACACAUGGAAAGUACGUCCGGACCGGCGAUUAUGGACACAGAAGUACGGCUAGCAAGGCGACGUCACUUGCCGACGUCGAGUUGGAGUCCAGGAUCCACAAGAAGGUCACCGUGGAUGUUAGCGCUAUGGGUAUUGAUGACAAUGAUAGCCAAAAGAGCAUCAUGCGACAUGAUUAG